CAUGAAUAUAUAAAUUUAUGUAUCAGUGUUUUUCAACAUUUUACGUUAAAACAAAGAGUAAUACGUCGUUUAAAUAUUGAUUUCAAUUUGAAUUUUUGUUUGUACUGAUUUUACGUAUCACACUCUGUUUUAUAGUACAUUUAUCCUAAACUGUCAAGUAUACACAUUUGACAGCGGUUCGAGCUACGCGAAGCGCAAAACCGCAAAAAUAAUUAAAUAACUAAAUUAAAUUAAAAUUGUCCUCCACGUAAUUUUGCCGCUAACACUUUUGCAGGAAGUCUGUCUACGCUCGUUGUAAAAUGAAGUUUCAGAACAGCGCGCGGUUGUAGAUUUGUUCAGGAGUUAUGUAAUUUUAAAUGUCAACUUACUCACACACAGAGUUCGAUUUUUAUUUCUCUGUUUUUUAUUUUUUAAACAUCGAACGCAGCGUGUAGAAAAAGAAAUCUCUCUAUAUCGUCAAUUCGCGCGCGGUUUUGUCAAUUAUUAGCAAGAAUUUAUGAAUUAGAAAGAAAGAGAAAGAGAAAGAGAGAGAGAAAAAGGACUCGAUUUGUUCGUACGCGCAAUUUCGCUAAAUUCGAUCGUCAUUAUGUAUCGCGUAUAUGUACCACGAGAUUGCAGCUCAUUAAAGCCGACAUCGAGGUCUCCCUCGCAGAGAGAGCAUCGAACAUAAUACGAUCUGUCCCUUCUCUUAUCUCUGGCUGCGACGAAAUUCGAAAUAACGGAAUUAGUCUCAGCGAAUUCAGGAAAUUACCUCCAUCGCCGUCGGUCGCGCCAAAGUUUUAAUUGUACUCACGAUAUGUACACGUCGGUACACUUGCGCGAGAACGUGAGUGCGAAUACGCGCGCGCGUGUGUGUGUGUGUGCGCGCGCGAUUGCAAUUACGUUCCUCGGUUUAAUGUAUAUGUAAAUAUAAGAUACACGCGCGCGAACUCUCCCCCUUAUAUUCGCUUCUCCUCGCUCUCGUAUAUAGAUAACAAUAACUUUAAAGACCCGAGUGCGAAAUUGCUCCGGUAGAUUUUGAUCCCGGAAUUCGCGCCGAGCUUUGUUCGCGCAAGAACGAUGGUGAAUAAGGUCGCACGCGUAUAAUUCAGAUCGCUUCUCAUUACUACACGGGAGUAUGUUGUAUAGGUGCAAAUUACGCUUUGAAUAAUUAAUUCGCAUUUUGAAUAUACAAAAAUUAUUAAUCUUGAUAAUUUGAAGAAAUUGAGAAAAAAAUAUCUUUUGACUGAGAAUCGUAUUUAUAUUUUUAAUUGUAUAGUCGAUCACGACUUCCCGAAUAAAUCUCGCGCGAUAUAUCAGAAGAAUAUACAAAACUGUGUGUAGAAGAUAAAUUGUCAGAAAACUUAUCUCUUUUAUUUGUCUGAUUAAGAAGUUCAUUGCACUCUCGUUGUUGCAAUAUCGAACGAUUUGUGCGUUAUAGAUUGCGAUCAAAUAAUUGAGCAACGGUAAUGAUAAAAUAAUCGAUUUACAGCGGACACGGUCAACAAUCGGUGUUCUCCGCGAGAGCGCCUGAAAUUAGCAUCCCCGCCUGGUUUUACAAGCAAGUAGUGAUAAGUAGGGAGUACGGCGCGCGUAUUAGUGACGUUAUAUCGUCUGAGAAAGAGACCAGAUCGCGGUAUCCUCUGCAGAUAGAAUCGAGUUACGAUCAUUCUCAUUCUCACACAGAGACGCCGCCGGAGUGUGUCAAAAUUUCUCGCUCUCUCCCUCCAGUCGCUUCUUCGUCAUUAAAAAGUCCGAGACGUUUGUGCUUGUGGUGUUGUGACUCGCAUUAACUUUACAUUCCGACAUGCCGGCAGACGAUUUUCGCGCAGGAUUGAAGCGAUGGGUACAAACCGAGGGCACUAUGAAGAAUACUCUCCUGACCGGAUUGGCGGAGCUGAUUGGUACAUCCAUGCUGGUAUUUCUGGGAUGCAUGGGUUGUGUCGGUAGCCUCGGCGUCCGUACUUUUCAUCUACAAAUAGCGAUAGCCUUCGGUUUGGCCGUUAUGGUUGUGAUCCAGUGCAUUGGCCACAUCAGCAGCGCCCAUAUUAAUCCAGCAGUCACUGUAGGAUCUGUCGUUCUCGGAAAGAAGACCCUUUUCGAAGCUUUAAUUUAUUUUGUGUCGCAGAUGAUGGGCGCUAUUUUAGGUUACGGUAUGCUAAAGGUAGUGACGCCGCAGCAUUACUUGACAUCCACCACGUCCGAAAAAUCCGAUAUAUUCUGCGUGACUAAUAUUCAUACCGAACUCUCUGCGAUUCAAGGCUUGCUCGUCGAGGGUAUCGCAACUGCAAUUCUCAUGAUGGUGGUGUGCUCCGUCUGGGAUCCGAGGAAUGAGAAAAACGGGGAUUCGGUGCCGAUCAAGUUCGGCUUCACGGUAACCGUGUUGGCAAUUACGGUUGGGCCUUACACCGGCUGUAGCAUGAAUCCAGCGAGGUCGUUCGCACCGGCAAUUUGGAACAACCAGUGGGAGCAUCACUGGAUAUACUGGUUUGGUCCGAUCGGCGGUGCCCUGAUUUCCGCGUUCGCGUACAGAACUAUUUUCGGCGUCUCUGAUGACAACGUUGAGGACGAAGAGCCUGCUCCCGACGAAACGGUCGCGCUCAACAGCGUGGAAACCCACAAGACGGAGCAAUCCUAAUUUUGACGGCUGUACAUGACCGAGGGAUGACGAGGCGAAUAAAGAAGAAUAAAAAGAAAAAAGAAAAAAAAACAUGAGAAUAUCAUUAAACCUUCGGAGAGAGAGACAGAAGGAUACAUGUGCUUUAGAAAAAAGCAUGGACGAUUCUCAGAUGAAAUUUCGAAGGUUCGAACUUCAAAAUUUAAUCAGGACGUGCAACGAAACACAAAAUUGUCUCGAUACGACUGUUGAAUGCAUUAGAUCAUUUGUCAACAUAGACUGAUGUUGCAUUGUUUCUGAGUGUUAACUUCAAAGAUGCGAUUACAUUCCUUCGACAAAAUAAACAACAGAUUAAACUUCAAUUGUGGAAACUCACACGUAGUUCAGUCAAGUUUUUUGUAUGUAAACUUUUAUUGUGUCUGACUAUCUUUUAUCGUGUCUACGUUAUGUGAGUUAUUAUUUUCAUUUAAUUAGAUAUGUAACUGUGCUCUAGUCUCGCGCGAUUGCGAUUACACUAAUUGAUGUAAAAAUGUGAAACUUAUUCCGGAAUAAGCUGCUAUACAUAUCCACUUUCUCUUUACAAUUACAGCGUACGUAUAUGUUUGUUAUAUUUAUUAUAUUUUAACAAAUUUAACAAACUGCGUUUAUUGUUUAAGUUUGUUAUAUUUUAAUUAUCUUAUUGUGCGUGUACAUAUGUGUAUAUAUAUAUAUGCACACUUGUUUUUAUCUGUUAUUUUACAUAUUCCACAAUUAAUAAAACUACAUUUUACUAUACUCUAUCAAGGUCCGAAGAGUAUACUUGCGUCAGCGAAAAUGGAUGUAACAGAUAAUUGUUUGAAGAAGCACACAUAUGUAAAAACACUGUAAUUAUACGACAUUCACUUAUGUUUGAACAAAAUUAACUUUUACCAAAUUAUCUUUCGCUACAAUACUUAUUUCAAUUCGUUCUUUCCGAUUCUCAAUUCUUACAUCAUUCUUGUAUAAGUGAUAGAUAUACAUAGUUACAGGCAAACCUAUCACGGACACAAUGUUGUCACGCAAUGUGUGACGAGCCGUUUUGUUUUUUACAUCAUUCGCUCAAUUAGAUAGAAUCGUAGUUGAUAACGCGUUUGUUAACUGCCCGAUUUGUCGAAAGCGAAAAUAUCGUUUUUCGAAUGGUGAACAAACGAACCGAUGACUUUUCAUGUAUCUAGUUUUUUGUUACGUAGGUAUGCAAAAUGUUAUUUGUUUCCAGUUAUGCGUGCACUGUAAAAUCAAAAGUGUGUAAACACGGAUAUUUUACACGAGAAUCUGCAAAAGAAAUUUGAAAAAAGACGUAAAUGUUGUACGAUUUAUAACAGAAAUUUACACAUGUUACAUGUAAAUUUACACAAUUUUGUAUGUUUCCGCUAUGAAUUGUGAUAUUGUAUAAUAGUGUGAACUUUUUGUACAGUGUACAUGGUUGCUCGAAACUAUUGUCAUAGCGAGAAAAGCAAUUUGUUCGUGUGAAAGAUAAUCCUUUUCCGCAAACGACGUCUUUUUUAACGACAGUUUCUUACUUCGUGUAAAAUAAAUAAUUACCUUUUCGCAGUUUUUAUACAUGUAAUUCAUCAAGAAAAGCGUAAAUAUACGUACAAAACGACA